AUGAAAUAUAUCCUUUAAAUAAUAUUAUUUUUAAUAAUAACUAUAACAUAAGCUCGAAAAUACUAUUAAAUUCUCGGAGUUUCACCUAACGCUACAGAAGACCAAAUAAAAAAAGCCUACCGAAAAUUAUCCAUAUAACACCAUCCUGAUAAAAGCGAUGACCCAAAAGCAACUGAGAAAUAUUAACAAAUAAAUGUAGCCUACGAAGUUUUAAAAGACCGUGAUAUGCGUCGAAUAUAUGACGCUUAAGGAGAAGAAGGUGUAUUAAAAUACUAAGGAAGUAAAAGCAAUGGUAUGGAAGAAUAAAAAGGGAAAGAUGCAAAUAUAAAAAUCCCAGUAACAUUAGAAGAUAUAUAUAAUGGAAGCGAAAUUAAAGUUAAUUAUUAAAAAUAAUAAAUAUGUUCACAUUGUAGAGGUUCAGGUGCUUUUUCAUUUGAAGAUAUGAAAACUUGCAAUGUUUGUGAUGGAAAAGGAUUCACAAUCGAAAAAUAAUAAGUAGCUCCGGGAUAUUAUUAAUAAUAUUAAAUGUAAUGUAACAAAUGCUAAGGUAGGGGAACUAUUGUUUUUAAAUAAUGUAAUGUCUGUGGAGGAUAAAAAACUGUUUUAAGUCAAGAAGAAAUGAGCUUUGAAAUCGAAAAAGGAAUUGAUGAAAAAUAAUAAAUUAAAUUUGAUGGAUAAGCAGAUGAAUAUAUAGAUAAAAAAUCUUCGGAUUUAAUUUUCUAUAUAUUAUAAGUACCACAUUCUCAUUUUUAAAGAAAAAAAAAUGAUUUAUAUUUAACUAUAACACUUACAAUGGAAGAAGCAUUACUUGGAUUUAAAAAAAAAAUCUAACAUUUAGAUUCACAUUAUGUUAAAAUAGAAAAAAUAGGUGUUACUUAGCCUAAAGAUGUUAUGAGGGUUGAAGGGGAGGGAAUGCCUGUUCAUUUAUAAGGUCUUUCUUUUGGAGAUUUGUAUGUUGAGUUUGCAGUUUAGUUUCCUAGAUAAAAUACUUAAAAAUAAUUAGAAAUUUUAAAUAAAUUCUUUUCUUUAUGAUAAGUUUAUUUUUUGU